GUGGAAGCAGCCACCAUGGAGCCGCUCGUGCAGAAUCUGGAGCAUUUCUCAGACCUGCUGGCCGUGUCGUGCGGGACGCUGGUGCGCACGUGGGAUGCGGCGACCGUGCGCAGGGCGCUGCAGUGGGCGCGUUAUCUGCUCCACGUGUACCGACGCUUCGCGGGCCGCGGACGCGCGCGGGAGGCGAUCGAAAGGCGGCUCCAUGCGCUGGGCGGGCCACUGGGGCUGCGCAGCUUCGCUGCCCUGGAGUCUGGGGACGCGCGGCUCGCUCUCCGCCUGCUGCGGAACCGCGCGCUCGCGCCCGCCGCCGCCCACGCACUGCCGAGCUUGCUCUUCCCGGGCCCUGCCGCGGACAAAGAAGACGACCUGCCGCAGUCGCGCUUGGCCCUCCUGGCUCGCCGGGGGAGCGCGCUACACCUGCUCUCCCGCCUCGGCGGGGACGCGCCCAGGGCCGCGCUGCUGCGCACGCACGCGGAGUUGCUGUUCGCGCGCCUGCGCGAGCAGGGCGGGGCUGACUCCACGGCAGCACGCAAGCUCCUUGAGACGCUGUGGGCCCGUGGGCCCCGGGAGCACGUGCUCAGCGUGGUGGGCGAAGCGCUGCUGCCCGAGGCUGCCCUGGACCCUGCGGGUGCGGAUGACACACAGAAACUGCUGCGCUGGCUCCUAGAAAGCCCCGAGGUCUUGGCUGUUUUCUGCCGCCAGCUGCCCGCUGAGCGCCUGGCCUCCGUGGCGGGCCACCACCCAGCACUGUCUCGAGCCUACUUGGACCUGCUCACAGCCUGGGCCAGGCGGCUGCGCUAUGACCUGCAGAAGGGCGCCUGGGUUCCCGAGCAGCCAGAGGACGGGCCCUGGGAGGAGCUUUGCCUAAAGCUGAAGAGCUUGUGCCAGGAACAACCAUCCCUGCAGGAAGAGGUGUUGUCAAAACUGCGCUCCUGCAAGGAGCUUGAUGGAGAUUUCGAGGUUCCCGGAAUGAGCAUCUGGACAGACCUCCUGCUGGUCCUGUCUGCUGGUGCUUGAGUAUGGAAACAAGAGGGGUGAGGUUCUCAGGGCCCAGGCAGAGCAUCUGGACAGACCGCUCCCAUGGAGGGAACAGCAAGCAUACUCCUCAACUGAGCCUCUGAG